GCCAGGAAGCAGACGCUUGGUGCUUUAGUCUUACUUUACUCUAUGAUUGGUCCUUGUUUUUCCAUUUAUGAGUUUCUUUAAAAAAAUUUUUUUUAAUAGAGUCUUCCUACUCCAAAUUUUCUGCUUUUUUGAUUUUUAAAUAGAACUUGUGGUUUGAAUUAAACUCUACUUGUUGGAAAUUGACCUCACUUGAAAAAGGCCAAUUUUUUUUUCUACAAAUUUUUUUCCUAUGCUGGCAUUGACUUAGAAUAGAGAAAAGGAGCCACACAGGUAUUUUGGAGGAAAGGGACAAGGCUCCAGAAGAAACAGCACAUGCUUUCCUUUCAUUUCUGGAAGUCCCGGAGUCGACCUACAGAUGCUGCUUCUUCCGUGGUCGAUGGCAUUCAGACUCCUAGCUGCCGACAGCGUCAGGCCAACAGCUGGACAGAACAGCUUGGCUGCUGGAAGCUGGCCACAGUCUCGGCCAGAGCAGCAGCCCCCUGGCCACGGACCACCUCUGCCACCCCACCCAGGAGCCUUCCUACCUCCCUCAGGUUGGCCUGGGCCCCGCCACAGGGGCUGAAGAACUGGGAGGUGGUGACGGCGGUAGCAAGGGUGCCUGCAGCCUUGGGGCCAGUCCAGGCACGUGGGACCCUGCUUCGGGCUACUCUGCAGCCCCUCCAGGGCCAGGGAGGGACCCAGGACAGUCCCAUUGCUCACCACUGUCUCUUCCUGUCGCUGACACCUAGGAGAGGGCUCAGAAUGGAAGGCACCCCUCCUGAACUGAAUCUGCAGGCCAGAUCCAAGGAGGUGGGGGACGGGGUGAGCGGAGCUCAAGAUAGCCAGGAGCUAAAGCAGCAGCUGCAGCCGCUUCCCAAGCCAUCAGCCUCCUCCCUGCGAGAAGCAAAAUAUGUGGAGAUGUGCGCUUCAGCUGGAGUCCCAAGGGACAGUCCCCGGACCAUGAGACUCACUCGGGAGCAGUGCCAAGGGGAUCAGAGGGGCUCGAAGAAUCCCCAGGAGAGAGCCCAAGACGAAGUCAGCAGUCAAGAGCGCGAAGCUCCAGCCUCACUGAAGAAUUCUGGCCCCUUGGAACUCUGCAGAUCCCAGCUCUCCGGUACCGAUGAGGGCAGCAACCCCUUCUCUUCCUCCUCUUUCUCCUCCCCGGUGGAUGGAGCAGAAGAAGGUGGCCUGUUCAAGAUGGAUGGCACCACCACGUCUACAGGGGCUCUGGCCACCUCGUCCUCAUCCUUAGGCUUCGAGAGUGACAGUGGUGAGAAUGUGCUGAGCUGCCAGCUCAAGGGAGAAGAAGGGGAAAAAGCAGGAGGACGAGGAGGGGGAGGAAGAGGGCGAUGUGGGGAAGCAGAUGCCACAGAGUGCAGAGACAUUAUUGCCAAGUCUCAGGGCAGCCGGGACCCCCCCAGAAAUCAGGAGGCCCAUUACAUCACCACCCACGAGAUCCAGCUGAGCGAGGUGGAGCAGGACAUGGACUUCGACGUGGGCCUGGCCUCCCGCUGGGAUUUCGAGGACAACAACGUGAUCUACUCAUUUGUGGACUACGCUUCCUUCGGUGGCAGCGACGAGACCCCAGAGGAUGUCACCACCCUGACCGAAGAGGACGACGACAACAGCUGCUACCUUAGCACCACUCCCAGCACCAACGCCACCCGGACACCCAGCCCCACCAGCAGCGACCCCACCCGGCCCAGCGCGGGCGGCGGUGGCGGCGACACCAGCAGCACGGAAGUGGGCAGCGGCCCCUCGGACGGUGACCCCACUCCCCCACCCAUGGGGCCUGGCACGGCCACCCCGCGGGAGCCCUUGCCCGAGCCCCCGGAGGCGGCUUCAGGGGCAGCAGCAGCCACCGCCGCCAGCAGCUGUGGGAACGCAGCAAGCCAGAUCCUCCUAUCAAUCAAACCGACUUCCCGGGCUAUAAAUGAGCCUAGCAACGUGUGUGCAAAGCAAAACAUUAUUUAUGCUGCCAAGCAUGAAGGCGACAUGAGCCUCCGCAUCUCUACAGCUGCUGACCACAAUUCCAGUUCGCUGAAGCAAGACCCGGCUGCAGCCGUGGCUCAGGACCAUGCAAAGAAAUUCAUCGCCGUCCCUGCUCGCCUGCAGACCCGGUGCGGGGCCAUCCGGGCGAAGGAGCUGGUGGACUACUCCAGUGGAGCCUCCAGUGCCGUGAGCGAGCUGGACGAUGCGGACAAAGAGGUGCGUAAUCUCACCUCCCGGGCCUUCCGGAGCCUCGCUUACCCCUACUUUGAGGCUCUGAACAUCAGCUCCCGGGAGUCCUCCGUGCUCUCCGAAGUCGGCUUUGGGCGCUGGUCGACCUUCCUGGACUUAAAAUGUGGAGGUGUUGGAGCCAGGGUGGAACAGAGCCUCCUGAGGAGCAGCGCGGCCUCAGUGGCUGCAGGGCUGAGGAAGGGCGGUGCGGCCAGGACCACGGCAGACCAGCUCUACAUCCAAUCCAAGAAGUCCCAGACCAAGGCCUUGGAGUUCGUGGUCAGCAAAGUCGAGGGUGAGAUCAAACACGUGGAAACACCUCUGUGUUUCCAGAAGCAGGUCCAGUCAGGUCCGCGCGUGGUCACCCUUCUCGAGCCUCUGAAUUUACGCAGUGAGAGCAAAGCCAGCUUGGCCGCGGGGCCCUGCAAGGCCACCAAAGGCCCCAGCAAGGGCCCCGGGUCGGUGUACACGGAUGAUGGCUCAGAGACCUCCGAGAGCGGCAAGCCGGCCUCCCGCGCUGAUGGCCCCCAGAAGUCCAAGUUUGCUUCCAGCCUGCUCAAAAAUGUCAUCUCCAAGAAGAUGCAGAGGGAACACGAGUUCAAAAUGGAGAGGGGAGAACUCAGCGACACAUCCCACCAUCACCUCUCCAGCACCUCCAAGGAGACGGAGGGCCCUCCGCCCGGGGCUGAGAAGCAGCGCGAGAGGCGCCUGCAGAGGCAGAGUUCUCGCCACUCGGAGGCCGGCUCCGAGUACACGGUGGUCAGCAUGUCCGAUGCCGGGGGGGAGGGGGCCGUAGCUGGGUCUAAAUCCCCCAUCUUCAAAGCCAGCGCCCCUCGGGAGAGCCACGCAGGCUCCGGCCGUCAUUUUGCCGAUGGACUCCCAGAAGUGUGUGAAAUUAAAAAGAGUGCCUCAGAGACUGUCAAGGGCAUCUUCCUCCGCAGUCAGAACAGUGCAUUCCGGUCCUGGAAGGAGAAAGAGGCUGAGAAGCGAGAAGAAAGGGCCCCCGUUGGGAAGCUGAAACUCCCCAAGGGGGGUGACUGGAGGGCCGACCUGGGGGAGAUCUCUGCCAGCAAGUCCACCAUCAUGUCUCGCCUCUUCGUCCCCAACAUCCAGCAGACACCCAGGGAUAAGCAGCCGGGGAAGCAGGCCACCAAGUACCCUGCUGCUCAGGCCACCUCCACGGCAGUGAUCCGACCCAAGGCUCCCGAAAUCAAGAUCCGCCUGGGGAGCGUGCAGCAGCCGAGCUCGGACUUCAACAUUGCCAAGUUGCUCACGCCCAAACUGGCCAGCGGCAGUGCCUCCAACCUCUUCAAGACCGUUGAGGACAACAGCAGGGCCCAGCAGAAGCUCUUCCGGGGGGACAACCUGGAAAAAGUGCCCCAGUUCCAGGUGAGAGACGUCAGGGACAAGUCCAAGGCUCAAGGCCCCCUCCAUCAGGUGAGAGAUGUCCGGAAACUAAUCAAGGGGUCAGGGGACAGCAGUGACAAGGGCAGCGUUACCCCAGAGCAGGGGCUGACUGGGCCCAAACCCAAGCAGCUGGCUCCUGCCACUGGGGGAUCCGGAUCCUUGUCCCCCAUGGUGAUCACGUGCCAGGCUGUGGUGAACCCCAGGGAGGACAGCACCGAGCGAGAGCCCAGGGAGAAUGCGGGCAAGGGAGGCGGCCGGGUCCUGAACUCCUCCUCGCCAGAAGGGACAGUUUUGGUGCACAGGGCAUCUGGCAGGCUGCCGGUGGCCACCAUCGCCCCCAACAAGCCUGAGCAGGGCUCCUACCUGCCUGUGCUCAAGAUCGUCUCCAAGGCUCAGAGGACCCCAGAGAAGGUCAAGGAGGAGGAGGUCAAGGAGGAAGGGAAAGGCCCCAAGACAUCUCGGAAUGCCCUGGAGAAGCUGACGGCGGCCGUGAGGUCCAUGGAAGAGCUGUACAGCUUCAACAGGAACGAGUGGAAGCGGAAAAGUGACCCCUUGCCUCUGCUGACCGACAGCCACGUCCUGUCGCUCAUCGCCAGCGAGGAGAGGGAAGGGGCCGGGGCUGCUGACCCCGACAAGUUGGCCAGACGGCUGGGUGAGGCGGAGGAGCCACGGGGCAUCGGGAACAAAGGUGGGGUGGUCCUCAGAGGGGGCCCAGAGCGUCUACAGCGGAGAAACUCCAACCCCAGCACCGAGAGUGUGUCUGCCCGUGCGGCUGCCUUUGAGAACUUGGCCAGGGAGCGGCCCCGGUCCCUCUAUAUUCCGCCAGUGCACAAGGAUGUGGACAGAACCCAGCCCCUGCCCCCGCUCCCCAGCCAACGGAACGUCUUCACUGUGAGUGCCAGCAGCACCCAGAAAACUGGGGGAGUCGCUGGCAAGUUCCCGCAAGGCCCUUCUCCAGAGAGUCCCUCGGCAGCCGCCAAGGGAAUCAAAUCGCAGGGACUGCGGUCCCUCAAGAUCUCUCCGGCCACCCGGGCACCUCUGGAAGAGGUGACCAACAGGAAAAUCGGCAGCAAUUUGGAAAAGAGCAAUAGUGACUGUGAGAAUUACCUGACCAUCCCUCUUAAAGGAAGCUCUGCAGCUGGAGAGCUUCCAGGCAGGCCUGGGGCAGGGAGGGAGGGACCCCCAGCUUCUUCAGCCACGGCCACUCUCUGCAGCUUGCCCCCCCUGAGUGCCCGCAGUCAGGUCCCCACUAGUCCCAAGGGCUCUCAGGUCAGUGGAACCAGCCGGCCAGCUUGGCGCACCAAACCUGACCACCCCCGGGAGACAGUAGCUGCCCCUGCGGGGCCCCAGAGCCCUGAGCAUCCCCCCACCGCUAUCUACCACCAGCAGCCACUGCCCUUCACCCUACAGAGUGCCCAGCCCCAGGUCCUCUGCUUCUCCCCUCCAGGCAUGCCAGCCCCGGCACCUGCCGCCCCAGCUCCUGUCCCCACAGACCCCUUCCAGCAGCCCCCACCUCAGCAGACCCAGCGCAAGAUGCUCCUGGAUGUGACCACCGGCCAGUACUAUCUGGUGGACACACCAGUACAGCCCAUGACCCGGAGACUGUUUGACCCUGAGACGGGGCAGUAUGUGGACGUGCCAAUGACCUCCCAGCAGCAGGCAGUGGCUCCCAUGUCCCUCCCUGUGCCUCCUCUGGCCCUGAGUCCUGGGGCCUAUGGACCCACUUACAUGAUCUACCCCGGGUUUCUGCCCACGGUGCUGCCCGCCAAUGCCCUGCAGCCCACACCAAUUGCUCGCACUCCAGGGGGCGGUGAGCUCUCCCCACUGGCAGCAGAGCCCCCCAGCAAAGAGGCAGCUGCAGCAUUCACUGAGGCCCCCUACUUCAUGGCCUCUGGUCAGUCUCCCGCCUCCUCUUCCUCCUCUGCCCCGGCAGCCACCUCCCAGCUCGUGGGGGCCAAGGGCUUUGCCCAGCUGCAUGGCAAGCCUGUCAUCAGCAUCACCUCACAGCCCCUGGGGCCGAGGAUCAUCGCACCCCCCUCCUUUGACGGCACCACCAUGAGCUUCGUGGUGGAACACAGAUGAUGAGUGGUCACCAGAAAGCCGAAGGGAGCAGCUGCUGGAGCAAGACAGAAAGAUGGACAAACCUUCUUAAAUCUGAAGGCUUCAUUGUAACAACACUAAGAACCACCAGAAAAACUUCCCCUAGAUACGUUAUUCUUAGUUUUUGCUUCUUAUAAACAAGUGUGUAAGUUUCUAUAUUUUUCUGAAUAACCCUGUUAAGACACUUUGUGUUAUUGCUGAUUGAAUGGUUGCGUUUUUUUCCUAUGUAAAACUAUUUCCUUUUGUACUUUAAUAUAAGCUUUCCCUUCAUCUUUCCUUCCUGCAUUUGUGACUAGGCAAACCAUCUCUUACAUGUUCUUGUAGUUCAGUCAAAACAUACAACAGAAUAAGAUUGGUUUUGUUGUAAACCAACAACAAAUCAGUCAUUUGGGUCACAAAUCUCCCUACAGAUUCUUACAAUAUAUCAGCACUGGCAGGCAGAGUUGUAGCAUUUGUCUGGGUUUCAAUAUGAUGGGUCUGUAUUUUGAAUCAUAGACCAGCCAAGCCUAGUCAUUCUCUUGGUUAUGUUUUACAUGUCCUUUUAUUUGGUUUAGCAUGAUUUCAAAUGUGAUUGUGAAAAACAGUGGUUUUAACUUUUGUGCCUUGUUUUAACUUUCCCAUCGGAACAAUGCCAUGACACCAUUUGUUGCCUUAAAAUAGAAUGGUUUGAAAGACUGGAGAGCCAGUGGUUGCGUUAAAGAUUAAGGUCUUAGUUUCAGAAAGGUAUAAAAUAUCUAUUUCCCUCUAGAAUCCAAGCUUUGCUAUGAGUGUGGAGGAUUAUAUUCUUCUUUAAUGAUUCCCUCCAUAGUUGCAUACUCCUCUCUCUCACAGAUUGUUUGGAGUCUGAAGUGUGACCUGUUUGGGGUAGUGGAGCAGAAAGUGAACUCUGAUUUGGUGGCUCCGAUUCUCUCCAGCCAUCACCACACCAAUAGCAGUGAUCUAGGUUUAUAUCACUUGCUCCUUAUGGUUUUAAGAGAUGUCGAGAAUCCAAAUCAUAGAAUCUUUCAUUGACGUUCAAUACUGCCUCAGUUGUAGCCCACUUCUGAAGGUUAUUUUAGUGAGUGUUCAUGGUAAGUUUCGAAGAGCUGAUUGAACAGAUAAAUAUUUAGCUCAUCAUAAUUUAUAAGUGAGUUAAUAUAUUAUAUAUUCAACAAAUGUUAGAUUGAAAUAUUUCUUA